AAUAGAGGGUGAAAAUAGAAACAAAUUCAGGAUUCCAAUUGCUAAGGCAACAAAGCUUUGUUAAGAUCAAAUAUGAAUCUGAAAUGCUAUUCAAGUGCAAAAGUUCUGAAGAAAUCUGCAACUGAUUCUUUUUCAAACUGAGAGAAUCAUCCCUGCGAGGGCAGUUGGUGCAUGUUAUCGUAUCGUGAUGUAUCAUGGGAUAUCAAGUGUCUGGUUAUCUUCAGUGUUGCUAUUGCAAACGAAGUUGCAAAACUCUAGACAAAUCGCGUGCAAUAUUUUCAGCAUUCGAUAAGUAACAGGCUUUGAAUAGGCAAACUUAAAAGACUCGAUAGCUUUUGCCAGGAAACACUCUUUAAGGUGGAUUUAUAGCCAAGAGAAGGACUUGCAUUUCACUGGCCUAACCAGUGGGGAGAAAAUGGACGAGCCAGUGCAAGGACACCAUGAUUCGGAAAGAGGGUAUUAUGAUCAAGAGGAAGCUGCUCACAAGUCAGAAUGGUCAAGGUAUGACAGAGGAAGUGAAAGAAGCCCCGUCAGGCGUUCGAGAAGCAGAAGCCCAAGACCUAGAAGUUUGGAAAGAAGAGACGAAAGGGGAAGGAGAAGCAGUGAACGGGAUCGAGAUGGAAGAAGGCUAGGAAGAGAGAGGGAUUCCUUCAGAAACCGUGAACGAACAGGACGCAACUUCGCUAGUAAAGAGUGCAGAGUUUAUGUAACAAAUAUUCCUUAUGAACUGAAAUGGCAAGAGCUUAAAGAUAUAAUGAGGAAAGUUGGGGAUGUACAAUAUGUUGAAAUGAUAUCUGAUAAUCAAGGCCAUCCAAGGUCUUUUCAUGAAUUUGUCAUUCAGGGAAGUGCUGUUGUGGAAUUUACAAGAGGAGAAGAUGCUACAACUGCAGUUAAAGAGUUAGAUGAUUUUGAAAUUCUUGGAAGAAAACUUAAAGUCAGAGAGGACAAAGUUGAUGAUGAUAAAUAUCAGCGACAGUUAAAACAGCAUAAAGAGAAUGAGCAAUCGAGAAAACAGCAAAACAUCAUGAGUGGUGGUGGAAACAUGUCAUUUUUGAAUUCAAAGAAUGCAGACCCUGUCAACUCAACAGUGUUUAUAAGCAAUCUUGACUAUAAAACAACAUGGCAAAAAGUGAAAGAUGUGUUCAGGAGAGCUGGAAAUGUUGUCAGAGUUGAUAUUGCUGCAGAUACAGACAAAAAGUCAAAGGGGUUUGGUACAGUUGUCUAUGAAACACCUGGAGAAGCUUUGCAAGCUGUCUCAAUGUUCAAUGGUUAUGUAUUUGGUGAAAGGCCCAUUGUUGCUCGACUGGAUCGAGACUCCACGCUGGCCAAAGUUAUGGGAACAACUGGCAACAGCAACCAACCUGGUGGGAAUAUGGGUGGUGGGAUUGCAAACCAAGCUCCCACUUCUCAACAGCAACCAAAUUCCCUUGCUUUAUUGCAAUUGCAGUCUCUUGCUGCUUUAAGUGCUCUUGCAUCUGGUGCCUUCAGCAAUUUGGGUGGUCUUGGCAACCAAGGAGCAGGCCUUUCUGGUGGUGCAGCAGCUGGUGGUGGUCUCGAAGCACUCGGUAUUUCAGGGCUUGGUGCAGGCAUAGGUGGCCUUGGCAGUUUGUUAGGUGGGCUCGGAGGUGGGCUGGGAGGCGGGCUUGGAGGCGGGCUCGGAGGCGGGUUCGGUGGUGGUCUGGCUGGAGCAUUAGCUGGUGGAAUAGCAGGCAGCGGUGCGAUUGGAGGACAUCAUGGAGGAGGAAUGGGAAAUAGUGGAAGUAGUGCGGCACCAAAGAUUGGCUCAGGCAACAGUCGCGAUGACAGUGGUAAACAGAUAUUCGUUCGCAACCUUCCCUGGAAAGUAAACUGGCAAGAGCUUAAAGAUCGUUUUAGAAAUUGUGGUCACGUGGUUCGAGCUGAUAUCAUUACUGAUGAGCGUGGUCGAUCUCGAGGAUGUGGUACAGUGCUGUUUGAGCAAGCGGACGAAGCGCGUAUUGCUGUCUCUGUAAUGAAUGGCACAAAGAUUGAUGGCAGAGAAAUUGAAGUUCGCAUGGAUCGAAAAUGAGCUCACAUAAAGCUCGAUGCUUUUCACAAACCGAAUGAACACCCUUGCCGCGUUAUUUUAUAUAUAUUUUGUUUUCAAACAUACAAAUCUUGUUGGGGAUGAUUAAAGCUAAACCUGGAUCUCUAAAA